UGAGCAACCAAGAUAUCUGAGAAAGCGCAUAGAAAUAGCCAAAAAUGACUCUCUGUUGUCGGAUUUGUUUUGAAGAAAAUCCUAAGAAUUUUCCUCUCUACAAAUGUAUGAGGAAAAAAUAUUUGCCUAGUGUUAUUUUUAACAUCAGUGGAGUAAAAGUUUCAAAAAAGCUUGAGCCAGAGGCACACAUUUGCCGUCGCUGCGUUGCAUCGAUAUUGGUUGCUGAGAAGAUUAUAUUGCGAUGCCAAGAAUCAGAAGAAUUUCUCCAGUUUCGUCGUUUGAAGGAAAGUUGCUUAUCCAGACAAUCUCCAAAUCCGAAGACAGAAAGCUUUAGUGUAGAAAGCUAUGAAAAAUAUCAGCCUUCUACCGCUUGCGGUGAUUUGGAAGAAUCAUUACCAUUGGAACCAAAUGGUGAGCAUUUGUUACAAUCUGUCAAGCCACUUUAUAUAAUAAAAAAUGAAAAUUCGAACAAUUCUAAACGGCUUGGAUACAACGAAAGUCAGUUCUCAGAUAAUUACGAACCAGCAGAAAAACGUUUAAAGAGUAAAGAAGUUACAUCAAUGUCCAGCUUUGAUUGCGAUCGAUGUGACUUUACUACCAAGAUAGGUAAACGUUUUAUAGAACACAAACAAAGUGAGCAUGGGGUGUACGAUCCAAAUAUCUAUACAUGUACUAUUUGUUCUGAAAGCUUUUCUUGGAAACCAACACUGUAUAGACAUAUAGAGAUAGACCACAAAAUACUACCUGCAGAUAAAAAACAUUUAUGUAAUGAAUGCGGUCGUGCCUAUAUGCGGGAAGUCCACUUAUUAGAACAUAUAAAGCAGCGACAUGGACCUCGUACUUUCAAAUGUCCUGAUCCACUAUGUGAGCAAUCAUUCACUAGAACUUUUACUCUUAGACGUCAUUUCAUCACUACACACACGGAGCAAACAAGCUCACGUUAUCAUUGCGUAGAUUGUAACAAAUACUUUAAGGUUUAUGAUCAAUGGAAAUACCAUAAUGAAGUUAUUCACAAAAAUGAAAUUGUAUAUUGUCCACAUUGUGGCUAUCCUUUUCGCUUCAAAGAAAAGCUAGAUGAACAUAUUUUGAAAGAUAUAUGCAAACGUAGUGUUGUACCAUGCUCCUAUUGCCAAAGACGCUUUACAACAAAAUGUGGAUUGAGAGAGCACGUGCGGAAUAUACACAACAUCUACUAGUUAAGAACUUGUAUUGAUUGCUUGGAAGCACCGACAAAAAAACAGUUAAAUUUCUUUGUUCUAUAUUAAGCCAUUGAUAUUUAGCUUUUUACCCAAAAAUAAUUUUGGUGCUAUUUUACAAAUCUAGGAUGAUAACGGAUAUUCCAAUUGUAAACAAGGGAUUUACUAAUUUAAAUAUAU